GUCAGAGUCUGUUGUCUUGAUAACGUUGCUGAUCGUCUCUAAUUUGCUAUACAUUUAAUUCGACUAUUUCCUGUGUUUCGUCUGCGUUUUCGUGUUGUGCCUUUAUAAAAUAAUUUUGGACAUAAAAUACGUUUUAGACUUUUAGAAUUACAAUUUUUUUUGUAAUUGUAGAUUGAAUUUGCUGAAGUUACUGGAAAAGUGCCGUAAUUGUCGUGGUCGUUUCGCAGUUAAAAUAUAUAAAUCUAAAGUAUUGUACGCUUAUGUCAUUACGUCUCUUAGCGUAACGUCACGUCUCCCGUAAAACGUUAAAAAAAAGUGCCUGUUUGCUUUCUUUGUGGGUUUUGUAGUCUCUAUUCAAAUAUAUAUCGAUAUCCCAGCUACCAUUAACUAUAUCUGUUUGUGUCCUACAUCCAUAUGAGUCUUAUGCAAGUAAUAAGCCAUAAUUAAAAAAUAGAAAAAAAAAACAUUUUAAGAGACCAAGAAGAGUGCGAAAGAAGGCCAAGAGCAGUUUUUUCAAGCUGGAGCAAAGGCCAUAAGAAACGCGGACUCACCAGCAGUAUCUGCAUGUCAGCAAAAAACGAACUAACCGGCGACCAAAUACAGAUCGAUUAGCCACAUCUGACCGCAGCCACCGGAUCAAUUGAGAUGCUCAGUUCGCUGGACGCGCUGGCCGGCAAAAUAGCCACUGCCACGCCCGGCACGGGGGCGGUAGCGGCGGACAGCAAGAACACCCAGUCGCUGCACCACCACCACCAUCGCCUGGAUUACGACUAUUCGGCGGUGGAGAUCGAGCCGCCGGCGGAGCAGCUGGCCAACUCGCCGCGCAGCGAGCGGGAGCGUUUGCAGCAGGCGCAGCAGGCCUACGAACAGCAGGCCCAGGCGGAGCUGGAGUUCGGCCUGGCCGAGGUGGACGCCAAGCUGACCCAGCUGAAGAGCAGCCACAAUCUGAGUCAGCACAGCCACAACCACAAUAAUCACCACCAACCCCAUAGCCAGCAGCCGCAGCACACGGCCAGCAGAACAUUGCAGCGGCACCCGCACCACCAGCUGCAGCACCACCAGCCCAACCACCAGCCCAAUCACCACCACCAUCCCUACCAGCGGCCCAGGCCCACUUCGCCCCCGCAGCAGCAGUCGUCCUCCUACCAGCAGCAACUGUCCCAGCUGGCCGCCCUGCAGGAUCACCACGAUCUGUUGCAGUCGCAGCAGGAGCUGUUCCACAAGCAGCUGGCCAAUAUGCAGGAGUACCAGCGCGAAAGGGAGCGGGAACGGGAACGGGAACGGGACAGGGAUCGCAGCAGCUUUAUCGAUAACAGCGACUACGAUUCGCAGCAGGAGUUCAAAAUUUGCCUGAGGGAUAGUGCUUUUGGUAUGAGCGAUAAGAGCAGCAGUGCAACAAAUAGCCUGCCAAAUAGCCCCAUACACAGCAACAACAACAAUCCGUCGCUGCUGAACAACAACGGCAGCAACAACAACAGCAUUAGCGGCAGCAACAACAUCAAUCCGACUUUGGGCAACAGCAACAAUUCGCUGGUAGCCGUGGGCAAUAACGGUAUUAUGUCCGCCGCAGGUUUGAUAAACAACAACAACAACCCGUGUAGCGCCAACCGAAAUGUCGUAGCGAUGGUGGAUGAUGACGCUUGCUUCCGUCUGGAUACGGACGCCACGGUGACGUACGGCGAAAAGGAACCGGAUCCGGACAACAUCAAGAUGUUCGUGGGCCAGGUGCCCAAGUCGAUGGACGAGUCACAGCUUCGCGAAAUGUUUGAGGAAUACGGCGCGGUGCACUCGAUCAACGUGCUGAGGGACAAGGCCACCGGAAUUAGCAAGGGUUGCUGCUUUGUGACGUUUUAUACGAGACGCGCCGCCCUGAAAGCACAGGAUGCUUUGCAUAAUGUUAAGACGCUGAAUGGGAUGUACCAUCCCAUUCAAAUGAAACCCGCCGAUAGCGAGAAUCGCAAUGAAAGAAAACUUUUUGUGGGAAUGCUAAACAAGAAGCUGAACGAGAACGACGUUCGUAAACUAUUUGAAGUCCACGGAGCCAUUGAGGAGUGCACCGUUCUUCGGGACCAGAACGGUCAGAGCAAGGGUUGUGCCUUCGUCACAUUCGCCACCAAACACGCCGCCAUCUCGGCCAUUAAAGUGACCUUGAGCCAGAAUAAGAUCAUGGAGGGCUGCACAUCGCCGCUGGUCGUCAAGUUCGCCGACACGCAGAAGGAGAAGGAGCAAAAGAAGAUCCAACAGAUCCAGGCCAACCUAUGGAAUCUGGCCAGCAACAUCAACAUCCCUCUAGGCCAAACUGCGACUAGCGUGGCCACGCCCAUUCUGCCCAACCCGCCGCAGCAGCCGUCGCCGGUCCUCGGUGCCGAUGCUAUCACCCCGGCCUCCAUCCAACUGCUGCAGCAACUACAAGCGGUUGGGCUGCAGCAGCAGCUGCUACAAGCCCUCACAGGUCUGGGAGCCCAGCAGAGCAGCUCAGCGACGGACACGAGCGCCGUUGCGGCCGCCGGACUCCUGACCCCGAUGACCGUUCAAAAUUUGGCAGCCAUCGCGGCCAUGACGCAGCCGAGUCUCUCGAACGCCGCCGCCGCAGCAGCAGCAGCUGCCUCAUCGCCUGGGAGCGCCCAACUGACCAACACGGCUGCCCUACUCUGGUCCGAUCCGAAUCCAUUGGCAUCGGCAUAUAUGUCAACAGCCGCCGGUCUACCGCAAUUUGGCAGCGCCAGUGCAUUGUCCACUUCUCCGCUGGCCAGCGUCGCCCUCAGUGCCGCAGCUGCCGCCGCAGCGGGAAAGCAGAUUGAAGGACCCGAGGGCUGCAACCUAUUCAUCUACCAUCUGCCGCAGGAAUUCACCGACACGGAUUUGGCCUCCACGUUCCUGCCCUUCGGCAAUGUGAUCUCGGCCAAGGUGUUCAUCGACAAGCAGACCAGCCUGUCGAAGUGCUUUGGCUUUGUGUCGUUCGACAAUCCGGACUCGGCCCAGGUGGCCAUCAAGGCGAUGAACGGUUUCCAGGUGGGCACCAAGCGCCUCAAGGUGCAGCUGAAGAAGCCCAAAGACUCCAAGCCCUAUUAAAGGACACUGCUGGGGGAUGUCGCCCACCAGCUGCAAGCUCAUCCGGACGCCGAGUAGAGGAGUACUGAGAUUUGUGAAAUAUGGAGUAGUCAAUGAAUUAAGAGUUGCCGUGUAGAGCGCGCGCGUUGCAAGAGUAAACGAAGACGCGAAUGCCAACGUUGUACGUAUCAUGAAAAACCAAAUACAAGAGCAGAAAAAGACAUGAAAUCUGUGCCAAAAAGAGACAGAAUCACUUAUGAUUUAGCACGUUAAAUGUUGAAUUAGAAAAAAAAAACAACAAAAAACACAAAAAAAGAAUCGAAUAAUACAAUUUUUAGACCUUAGUUUAGUUAACUUUCUGUUGAAGUUCCCUUCAUUUCCAAUCUUUUACGACUUGUUUUCUAACUUUUAAACUGUCGUACGAAUUGGUUGAUCCAUCUUCUUAAAUAUUCUGUACACAUUUUCAUGACUCACAAACGAAACUAUAAAAUAAAAGCCAAAAAAAAAAAAUAAAUAAAAAAGAUAUGUUAGAGUGUUAGUUUAUAAGUUUUUGAUAUAUCUCAUAUUUUACACUCACUCUUUAUCUGUUUGAUUUGUUCAUCUCUCAUGUUGCAAGUCACAAUGAAGUUCUUUAUUAUAAAUAUAUACCCACAUGAUAUAUAUUCUAGAUAUAGUUACAAGUUACUCGUUUUGUUCAAUGGAUUAUCUAUUUUUAUAUAUACCUACAUUUAUGCUGACGCGCAUAAUUAGUUUUUAGUUAUCUGAUUUGUUACUCCCCCAAACUAACUCACAUUUUUACUUGUACUGAAAAAAAAGAAAUGUUUUUUGCGAACACUCAUUAUAAGUAAUCCUAUUAUUAUUAUAAUUAUUUCAACAAACAAAUUUACAUACGCUUCUUAUUGUUAAAUAUGCGAAUUGUAAAGCACUAUGCAAAAAAAACGACAACCAACGAAAUGAAAUUAACAAAAAGGAAAAAAUUGUUAUUUAUGUUGAAGUCUCAUUAAUGGAGUUUAUUAUAUUAUUUUUUUUUAGUUUAUAUCAUUCGCUACAUCAUCCAAAUUUGCACAAAUCUGGUAUUAUAUUAUUAUAUAUGAUUCAUUUCCUUGUAAA